UCAAAGACAAGGACGUAAUUUUGAUCUACUUCGGGAAGCACGUGAUAAAGGAAUUCUGUGCAUGUUGAGAAGAUGCUCUACUUACAACUUUUCUUCGUGCACCAACAUGAGGCCGCACCAGAAGAGAGACCAAGUAGCGUAGUGCGUCGGCUUGCAAAUGAUGUCGUCGCUCCAUCUUGUUCCACGAGAACCUCCUUUGGUGGACCAACCCGAAGGGCGAUGACGGUCGUCCGCGGGAACGACCUGCGGAACGACGAUGCCUCCUGCUCCUGUCUCGACGCACCACGAGAGUUUCGAGCGGCAGCGCGUAUGCUUAGUGGGGAAACGAGGAAACCUGCUGAAAAAAUGUCGAGGUGUCCUCGCCUUUCUCGGGCUGGCGGAUUGUGGUUUUCAGCGCGCGAAGAUGAUUAUAACUCGGGCUGCAUCAUCAAUUCGGUUCUCCCCGAGUGCUGCACCUCGUCCGCGGGCAUCGUGUGCAGUGUGGCCUUGCAUGCGGGUAAAAAUAGCAGGGCAAGCAGUCAUUCGGUGGGCCACGACCUAUCUAGCGUUCUUGCUCCUGUUCCUUCUGAAGCUGGCGCCCUUUUAUCUUCAAUUACACUUUCAUUUCGCGCGCGCGGAUCUGACGCCGGAAGAGGAGGAGGCCUGGUUCAAGAAGCACAACCUGGAUGGGAAGGCGGUGGGAACCAAAUCUCUGAAGGAUCUGAACAUGACGGACGAGGAGAUCCGAGUUAUCCUCCAGGACCACAUCUACUCGCGCUUCAUCGGGAAGGAUUUUACCAACAUCAACGGGCAGGAAAAACUGUUCCUGUGGCAGGAAAACGAAUUCUGCGAGGAAUGGGGCUUCGGCAUGGAAGAGUAUAACGAAAUUUUGCAGCACGUCUACACGGUCGACUUCGAGGCGAGCGAACGCAAACAGCAGUGCACAGCGGCGUACGAGAAGUACCACCAGCAGGUGGAACUAGACACGAUCACAGCAGGGGGCAACGCGCGGAAAGAUAAUGUGGACGAUGCAAAGGAGCAUAAGCAGCUGCAAGAGAACAACGUGAUCACUGUGCAGUACCUCGUAUACGAUGGGCAGCGACCACCGGGACUGGGGGAUCGGCUGCUGCAUUUACUCGACGCCGCGACCGUGGCCUUGACUCUGGAGUCCAGUGCAGCGUUUCAGGCAAACAUGCGGAAGGCUUGGAAGGAGAGGGUACUGCUUGCUGUUCAAGAAGAAGCUUCUUCUAGUAGUACAACAAAUUUGGGUGAAUACGAACAAAAGAGUAACGGGACGAAUGCAUCAUUAUCCUCGCGGGCAUCUUUGCACUCAGGAGAAUCUCCGGAAGGCGUACCUUUCGACGAAAGACUUCAUCAAAGCGGCGACGACUAUCCACUGCAAAGGAUCUACUUGUUCCAUGCUGGUACUAAUGAUCGAAAUCAUGCAUUCCAAACUCCAUAUCUUCUCGUAGAUAAAUUGGUACUGGUACGAUUAUACUUUUGCACGUGCAUAACGUCGACCCUUCGGCAAUAAAGAUGCACUUCCGCGUCCAAGUCCUCACUUACUGGGAUGAAUCGUCCAUCCACAGUGGAUUGAAGCGGGACAGCUUCUUCCACGUUUUCAAAAAGGAGCUCCCAAAGAACAUUGUUUUCCUGAGAGACGAGAAGCACAUGUGGGAAGUGCUGGACGAUGAAGGUCCGAACAGCCGCAGCCGGUUUUUCGGUCGAUUUCGGGACUACCUUGGCGACAGCAAGUUGGUCGCGCGGAGCAACGUGGCAAACGACUGGCGCACCGAGUACAUGCCGAAGGAGCGGUGGUUUCAAAUCAAAAAACAGGAAUUCUUGUACGAACUGGGCGAAAGGUUCGGUCGCCCCGUCGAGAGCAUGUCGGACGAGGAGCUCAUGGUGCGUAUCCUUUGUAAAAACGUAACUAGUUCAUCUUACCCUUCUGCACAAUAUUGCGAUGUGCAUUUUUGAUUGUUCCCAAAACGCCUCCACUAAUGCGGAUUUGCUUCAGGGGGGGGAUCAAUCUGCGUUGUCGUGUCUGUAAAUUUGUUACGCGCUCGCGUUAUGAUCAGCACGACAAGGGAGUACUGGCGGGUUUCUCCUGCGGCUAGACCAACUAGGCACGGCUGCUGCGUUGACGCCACACAGUCUGUUCUGCAUGUUGUCCCGCGACAUGUCGUGUGAUGGUUCCGAAAGAACUUCCGGGAUCGUCUUGCCGAGCUCCCAAGAACUUGAGUUUCAAUUUGUGCUAGGAGGAGGUAAGUACGGCGUAUUUCCAGAGCAUGCUGCGACUGUCUUUGCCGCCCCCAAGUGAGCUCGGCAAGAUGUACGCGGGCAUGACAGCAGGCGGGAAUGAAAUUGGAAUUGAGAAAAUUAUAAACGCUGAUGGGGAUGCGGCUCUUGAACAAGUACAAGGAAUCAAAGAGGAAGUUUCUUCACAAGAACUAUCCGGACGAGACGAAAAAAGUUUCCCGAGCAAGGGAGCCAUGCAUGAACCCGAACAAACGACUGCAAGCAAAUACUCCGCGACACCGAACACGCGCGCAAUUCCCCUUCUCCUUGACCUGAUGCCGCAGAUUGACUUGUGGUCCCCCCCGCAGCACGGCUCACACCCGGAGAAGCGGUUCUGGGAGUGGCGGCGGACCGAGUGGGGGCGGCUGUAUUUUGGCAAUGACUACCUGUGUUUUCUGGAGCGCUUCAUGUUCUUCGCUUCAAAAAUAUCACACAGAAAAAAACUGGCAGGUCAUAUUUGUAAUGCAAAAAUAAAUAGACGAAAAGAUUUGCAUUGCAUAUCCUAAGUCGCAUGCUAUGAGGCCGCCAAUGACAAAUUUUUCUGUGUAUUUGUUUUUGCAUUACAAAUAUGCCCUGCCAGCUUUUUUCUGUGGGAUAAAAAAUGCAGAUGGACGUGACAGCGUUCUUCACAACAUCCUCAACCUCAACAGACGGGCGGAGUGAGCUUGGUUCUCCUGCUGCAAAUCCGCAUGAAGAGCAGGAAAAUACUACAUCUCCUUUGCAAACAAGAUCCGAAGCACGAGCGACAAGUGCAGCACGGGUAGCGUCCAACAAGAAGGCAUCCUCUCCUUACUUCGCCCUCCAUGUCCGGGUCGGUGACCUGCAGCAUACGAACGACCACGACCUGUGGCUGCGUGCGGAAGUGUUCAAGCAGUUAACCGAGAUCGCGCAGAGUCAGAAGAAAGCGGUGUCCUCCCACCUCGCCAAGAUUCCCUGGGUCCUGGUCGGCGACUCCGAGCAACACCUGCUGGCGUACCAGCGGUUCCUCGCUCAGAAGCUCAACGUGACCGUGCUCACGCCGACGACUCUCGGGCAGUCGCUGUUCGGGGAGGCGAACUACCAAUCUGCGAGGCCGCACUUGCAGCAAAGUGGCGACUACGCGACGCUGUAUGAUUCCUACGUGUUGUCGCAGGCCGCCGCGAUAAUUGCGACAACCAGGAGGUCCGACGGGUGGACCGCGUUUGCAGCGCUAUCCGCGUUUUUGAACUGGGACCGGGAAAGGUACAAGUAUGAGUUGCAAACGCGUCUGGGUCCUCAGGGUCUGGAACAAGAAUGGAACUAGGCUUUAUCUGUGACAUUAUGCGCAUUUUAGCGAUGAAUGGGCAUGGGGCAUGUAAGAUCUGGGAUGCAUGAAGCUCAUGAUGGCUCCCCACAUGACACUGCUUGUUAUAGCAAAAUGCGAAGACUUCUCAUACUUACUAUUGGUGCCUUAUUGACGCUGCACUCUGUAGCACCGACCUCGGAAAAAAAAUCCUAAAUCUGGUGGUGCGUCGAGGUGGGUACAGAAGUCCGCCUCCGUUUCUCAUCAUGGAGACGCCAGCAGUACUUCCUGUUUUCCAGACCCAGACCCAGGUAUGUCUGCAUUUCAUAACAAGUAUCCGGUGCCGAUUUUGUCUCUGCACCGUCUUUAUCCUCGAUGCAAAGGUAUCGUCUACUCAUACUAGUUGCGACAGCACUGCAUGGUGACAGAUCCGGUUUCUUGAUGCCCGAAACUCGACGAUGAGUAUUUCUAGAUGGACUUAUCCGGGCGCAGAGGUUUUGAAAAAAUUUAUGUGUCUCUACUAUGAUGUGCACGAUCCUUUUUCAAUGCAUGGCCUCCACAUGGACCGGGACCGGUAUCGGUACGCACAGUACGAGCGCGCAAACUGCAGAGUCGGCCCGGUUGCGGUGAACGUAUUUCACUUUCCGGAGCAGGAGCUGUUUUGGCGGGUAGUGUACCAAAGAUUACGUGGCACAGAGGAGGUCACGCUGAGGGCGAAACGCGGCGCGUGGUUCCAUCGGGAAGCGUAUAGUGAAGAAUACGCGCCUGCUUGACAGGACGUUGUUGUGUGCUGUCCUUGCAUGAUUUUCUUCACCAUGAGGAGCGUGGUUGAAGGUAAAACGCGGCAGGAAAGAUAGUUAGACGCUUAUGCGGAACGAUUUGGCGGUCUUGGUCGUGUCGGUACU